AUGGCUUCACAUACAAUUGUCCUGCCGGGCGACACAAUCGACGACGCCUUAAUACCCACCCACCCCAAGAAGCCGCUGCGUCUCGGCCCCGGCCUGCGGCACGACCCCUCCACCAACGAGAUCCUGCCGACCGUCGCGGGCCAGCUCGUCAGCGACCCCAACAAGAAUGCGAUCCGCGUCGAGACGUCCACCGGGAGGUACCUCCCCCGCGCGGGCGAGCUCGUCAUCGGCACCGUCAGCAAGUCCGCCGCCGACGUCUACUACGUGCACCUCUCCGACUACACCGCGCCCGCCACGCUGCCGCAGUUGUCCUUUGAGGGCGCCACCAAGAAGACGCGCCCGGUCCUCGCGCCCGGCGCGCUCGUCUACGCGCGCGUCACCGUCGCCAACAAGCACAUGGACGCCGAGCUCGAGUGCAUGUCCUCGUCGACCGGCAAGUCCGAGGGGCUGGGCCCGUUGACAGGCGGCAUGCUGUUCCCCGUCUCGCUGGGCCUGGCGCGGCGGCUCAUGAUGCCGAAAGCCGCCGAGGCCGGCAGGGUCGUGGUGCUCGAGGCGCUGGCCGCCGCAGGCCUGCAGUUCGAGACGGCGACGGGGCGCAACGGGCGCUUCUGGGUCGACAGCGCCAGCGUCAAGACAGUGCUGGCCGUGGGGAGGGCGGUGCAGGAGACGGACGAGAGGAUGCUGGGGGUGGAGGAGCAGCAGAAGCUCGUCAAGAGGUUGCUCAAGGAGCUGAGCUGA